CUGUAUGUCACUGACCUGCCUCUUUGCUCCCCUGGGAAAAGAGUCCAGCCCUGGUAUGUUCUCUCCAGCUGGUGGGCUUUUGGGGGAUCGUGAUUCUGGGGCUGUGAACGUGUCACUAGCCAGGACCGGGAGGCCAAGGCCCAGGAGGGAGAGGGCUCCCUUUGCCACGUGCCUCCAUCGGUUCCCGUAUAAGUGCUCUCGUUCUUCACUGCUUUGGGGAAACUGGGUGGAGGGAGAGUAGGUGGCCUCCGGUCCAUGGGAAUUUUCCCUUCUUACCGAUCUGGAGUUUCUCUUUAGUGGGUUUCCUAAGUGGCCCUCCAGCUUGAGUGCCCUGUGGGGAAAUGUACUGGGUGAACAAGAUGGCAGCUUCCUGCCUGGCUGUCCUGGAGUAGAGGCCCUUGUGGCAGGCCCCUCUCUGGGGUGGAGAGGAAGCCUGGUAGCCUACAUCAUUAUAAAUGUUGCUGUCCACCUCGCCACCUGGAGGCAGAUCUGGAGGCAGAGAGCCACAUAGGCUCUGUUCGUGUGGCCUGGGAGGGACAGGCCAGGAUUGCCUCCAGGACAGAAGUUUCAGCUGAAGCCAAGAGAGGUGAAGUGAGUUCCCCAUGGUCACACAGCGAGGAACAGAGACUCCAUUAGAACCCAGGUCCUCUGACUCUCCAGAGCUCUUUACAACUCCUCACCUGCCCAGAAGGAGCCGCUGGAGCAGGCACCAUGCUGCUGUGCUCUUUGACCCUCACCCUCAUCUGGAUGGUGGUUUCUGGCCUUGAGUGCGACAUGAAGGAAGUUUGUCUAGGAAGCCGUGGCGUCCCUGGUACUCCUGGAUCCCAUGGCCUGCCAGGAAGAGAUGGGAGAGAUGGCAUCAAAGGAGACCCUGGACCUCCAGGCCCCAUGGGCCCCCCUGGAGGAAUGCCAGGCCCCCCUGGGCGUGAUGGGAUGAUUGGAGCCCCUGGCUUCACUGGAGAGCGUGGAGAAAAGGGAGAGCCUGGUGAGAGGGGUCCUCCAGGGCUUCCAGCUUAUCUAGACGAGGAGCUCCAGAGCACACUCCUUGAGAUCAGCCAUCAAAUCCUGAAGACGAUGCGUGUCCUCAGUCUGCAGGGGUCCAUGCUGGCAGUGGGAGAGAAGGUCUUCUCCACCAAUGGGCAGUCGGUCAAUUUUGAUGCCAUUAGAGAGUUGUGUGCCAGAGCAGGUGGACGCAUUGCUGCCCCAAGGAGUCUAGAGGAGAAUGAGGCCAUUGCAAGCAUCGUGAAAAAGCACAGUACUUAUGCUUACCUGGGCCUGGCUGAGGGUCCCACUGCUGGAGACUUCCACUACCUGGAUGGAACCCCUGCGAGUUACACUAACUGGUACCCAGGGGAGCCCGGGGGGCGGGGCAAAGAGAAGUGUGUGGAGAUGUACACAGAUGGCCAGUGGAAUGACAAGAACUGCCUGCAGUCCCGACUGGCCAUCUGUGAGUUUUGAGCAGGCACCAAGGCCACAGGAUGGAGAGGGUCCUGCCUUGCCUUUCAGCCCACGUCCUGGGGAAUCCACCUGGUCUAUGAGGUGCUGUAACACCUUUGUAGCUAUAAGAGUCGGAGGUAUCUUAGCCACGGCACUCCCCGGUGGGCCCUGACUCCUCGCCCUUGAUUACUAAUCAGUGUGACUCCCCCCCGGAGCCCCCUCUCAGCUUUGCGCUCUAGACAGCCACUCUAACUCUGCCCUUUGGCAAGAGAGGGAGGCUUCUUUCUUCCUCUUCUUGUCCAACUCCUUCAUUUAUAGAUGGCAACAGUGAAGUCCUGGGAUGGAGGUUCCCUCCAAAAGCACACACAGGGUGCCUGCUUCCUGGCCCCUCUACUCUUUCUUUGCAGCCCACUGCCCGCCCAGCCUUAUCAAGAUUUAGCAGUGCUGCGCAAGCGUAAUGAUAGAUGGGUGGACUUCUGGGAAAUUCCAAAUGUGUGGAGCUAAGGAUACAUUCGGGAUUAUCUGGCAGCCUGAGGUCUGUGGGGCACAUCUGCUCAGGCUCUCCAUGAGGUCAGAGGGCCGGGUGGUGCCCCAGCAUGGUGGAGGCCAACCCAUCCCUAGUGAUUGGCAUGUAUUAUCCACUCCCUUGACUCUUGGGGUACCAACUCAACUCCCUGACCUAAAAGCAGCCAGCCUAUGCCUCUAGGGAAGAUCUCACCCCCACCUCAGACAUUACCCAAGUAACUUCCUGCUGAGGAACACAUCCCCACCACUUCAGACCUCAGUGAGGUGUUUAUUGAGCAUAUACUAUAUACCAAGCACCUUGACAAGCACUUCUAAGACAUCUUAUAAACUAUGAUUUAAUCUUCACACAGUGCCAUGGAAUGAGCAUUAUUUUCCCCAUUUUUUAUACAAGAACACUGAAACUUAAGUUAAAUGUUUUGAGUUUUGUUACACGGAGCAAGUGACAGAGGCUGUUUUC